CUCUCUCUCUCUCUCUCUCUCUCUCGGCAGAAUCUGAAUCUUCAGCCUCACAACUUGAUCCCAUCUAUUAUAUAUGGUGUCUUCUUUUCUUCUCGAAGCAGAGAAAGAAAAGAGAAGGAGGGCUUCUUCUCCUCCAUUUCUCUCCUCUGUAGACUUUGUUGCAGGGACUGUAGCGAGUGGCAGCUGGUACAGUUUGCAGCCAUGUCGGUGCCGGUGGCGUACCAGGGGAACACGUCGGCGGCCGUGGCCGACUGGCUCAACAAAGGCGACAACGCAUGGCAGAUGAUAUCCGCCACGCUGGUCGGCAUGCAGAGCAUGCCGGGGCUGGUCAUCCUCUACGGGAGCAUCGUGAAGAAGAAGUGGGCGGUGAACUCGGCCUUCAUGGCGCUCUACGCCUUCGCCGCCGUCUGGAUCUGUUGGGUCACAUGGGCCUACAACAUGUCGUUCGGAGACAAGCUGCUGCCCUUCUGGGGAAAGGCCAAGCCGGCGCUGGGCCAGAAGUUCCUCAUCAAGCAGGCGGAGCUGCCGGCCACCACCCACUACUACCACGACGGCAACGUGGAGACGGGCAUGGCCACGCCAUAUUACCCCAUGGCCUCCAUGGUCUACUUCCAGUGCGUCUUCGCGGCCAUCACCCUCAUCCUCCUCGCCGGCUCCCUCCUCGGCCGCAUGAACAUCAAGGCGUGGAUGCUCUUCGUCCCCCUCUGGCUCACCUUCUCCUACACCAUCGGCGCCUUCUCCCUCUGGGGCGGCGGCUUCCUCUACCACUGGGGCGUCAUCGACUACUCCGGCGGCUACGUCAUCCAUCUCUCCUCCGGCAUCGCCGGCUUCACCGCCGCCUACUGGGUCGGGCCGCGGUCCACCAAGGACAGGGAGAGGUUUCCGCCCAACAACGUGCUGCUGAUGCUGACGGGAGCCGGGCUGCUGUGGAUGGGGUGGGCGGGGUUCAACGGCGGCGACCCCUACUCCGCCAACAUCGACUCCUCCCUGGCGGUGCUCAACACUAACAUCUGCGCCGCCACCAGCCUCCUGGUGUGGACGUGCCUCGACGUCAUCUUCUUCAAGAAGCCGUCCGUGAUCGGAGCCGUCCAAGGAAUGAUCACCGGCCUCGUCUGCAUCACUCCCGGUGCAGGUUUGGUGCAGGGAUGGGCCGCCAUAGUGAUGGGUGUGCUGUCGGGCAGCAUCCCCUGGUUCACCAUGAUGAUCGUGCACAAGCGCUCCCGCCUCCUGCAGCAGGUGGACGACACCCUGGGCGUCUUCCACACCCACGCCGUCGCCGGCUUCCUGGGUGGCGCGACCACCGGCCUGUUGGCGGAGCCCACCCUGUGCGCCCUCUUCCUCCCCGUCACCAACUCGCGGGGCGGCUUCUACGGCGGCGUCGGGGGCGUGCAAUUCCUCAAGCAGCUCGUGGGCGCGCUGUUCGUCGUGGGGUGGAACAUCGUCGCCACCACCAUCAUCUGCCUCGUCAUACGGCUGGUGAUGCCGCUGCGCAUGUCGGAGGAGCAGCUCACCAUCGGCGACGACGCGGUGCACGGCGAGGAGGCCUACGCGCUGUGGGGCGACGGGGAGAAGUACGAUUCCACCCGGCACGGCUGGUACUCGGACGAGACGCAGCACAACGCGGUGGCCACCGGUGUCACCCUCAACGUUUAGGAGGCGAAAGCAAAGUGUGGAGGAGCGUGCAAGUGUUCGAGUUGGGUAUUGUCUGCGCUACUUAUCUUUUGGUGUGAUCAUUAUUGGAUUAUGGAAAGGAAUGGUUAGGGGAUUGAUAGGAUAAUUGUAAGUGUUACUUUGUAUACUAGUUUGGAUUAUUUAGCUAUUACUUAAAAAAA